AUGCGUCGGCGUCAGAGCAUGCAAGUCCUCGAGCUCGAGGCCCGAGUCGAGCAGCUCAUAGCCGAGAACCGCUUGCUCUCCGAUGCUCGCCAUAGCACCGACCAGCACCUGAGCCAUCGUGUCGUCACCGCUCUUUCCGACCGGGACACCCAGAUCGAGAGUCUCAAGCAGACGCUCAAGUUUCUACGAGGCGAGGUCUCUCGCCUGACCGAGGUCAAUGAUGGCCUCUCAAGCGCCAACGCCGAGCUGGCCAACAAGGACAACAGCCGCUACGCAGACCUGCAGGUCCACGCCGACCGGGGCGAGAACCAGGAUGCCCUGAUGCAGGCUCUGCGCGACAAGGACGCUCAGAUUGCAAGCCUGACGGCCAAGCUAGACGCCGCCAAGGAAAAGAUCCGUGAGCUGCAGCGUCAGAUUCUCGAGUCCAAGGCUGCCGACGUGCAGUUCCUCAACAUCAAGGAUGAGGACUACUUUGACCACCGCUGUCAACAGCUCUGCUCCCAUGUCCAGCAGUGGGUUCUGCGCUUUUCCAAAUUCUCCGACAUGCGGGCCUGCCGCCUGACAAGCGAGAUCAACGAUGAGAAGAUCAUCGACCGCCUUGACAACGCCGUCCUGGAUGGCUCUGACGUCGACAGAUACCUCAACGACAGAGUCAGGCGGCGGGACAUUUUCAUGUCCAUGACCAUGAACAUGAUUUGGGAAUUCGUCUUUACCCGCUACCUCUUUGGAAUGGACCGAGAGCAGCGACAGAAGCUUAAAUCGCUGGAAAAGCUGCUGACAGAAGUCGGCCCACCGCAAGCCGUACGCCAAUGGCGUGCCGUUACCCUUACGUUGCUCUCCAAGCGUGACUCAUUCAAGAGGCAACGAGACCUGGACACGGAAGCCGUGGUCCAGGCCAUUUACCAGACCCUAUGCAAGGUCCUACCUCCGCCUUCUAAUCUGGAGGCUCAGAUCCAAGCCCAACUGCGCAGGGUCAUGCACGAGGCCGUCCAUCUCUCCAUUGAGAUGCGCACGCAAAAGGCCGAGUACAUGAUGCUGCCGCCUCUGCAGCCGGAGUACGACGCAGACGGCGAGCUUGUACAGACUGUCCAAUUCAAUGCGUCCAUGAUGAAUGAGCGGAGUCCGUCCUCGAUGAAGCUGACCAACGAAGAGCUCGAGGCUCGAGGCGCCAUUGUGCGCGUUGUCCUCUUCCCUCUCGUCGUCAAGAAGGGAGACGACGAUGGCUCCAACGACGAGGAGAUUGUUGUCCAUCCCGCCCAGGUGCUCAUUGCUCGCAGCAAACUCACGCGCCAACCCACGCCAUCUGACGGGGGGAGGGUUUCUGUGGGCACUGGUCGUCUGAGCGGCGGUACCAAUUCUCCCAGUACCAGAACGUCGGAUGUCAUCUAA